GUCAACACCAAUGGAGUCAUAUCAUUUUUGGCUUCAGUAUCCCAGUACACUCCCGAUCCCUUUCCUCUUGGAGAUAAUCGACGUCUUCUWACGCCGUUUUGGGCAGAUGUUGAUACCAGAAAUGGUGGUGAAGURUGGUUCAGAGAAACAACUGAUUACGGUUUGUUAUAUCGCGCCUCUAUCGACAUCAGACGUGCAUUUAUCAACUUCAAAAGAUUUACUCCAACCUGGCUUUAUGUUGCUACAUGGGACAAAGUUGCUUUCUAUGGCGCUGAUGAAAGUKAUAAACAGAAAAGAAACACUUUUCAAGCUGUUCUCGUCACCAAUGGUCGUCAUUCGUUUGUCAUUUACAACUACGCUAGAAUAGAGUGGUUAUCAGGAACAGUAUCAGAUGGAGUACCAGCACAGUGUGGUUUCAAUGCUGGAGAUAAUAAAACAUACUUCACGAUCAAAGGAUCAAGAACAAAAGAAGUGCUGAAUCUAAUAAGAACAACUAAUGUGAACAGACCUGGUGUUUGGAUGUUCCAGGUUGAUAACGCUGAGAUUCAAUCUCAAGGCUGCAACACAAAAGGAAGGCUUACUAUAUCUCCAAGACAAACAUUGAUGCUAGGAGGCGAACAUAUUUACAUUGCCGGCCCCUGUUUUGACAAAUUAAAAAAAACAAAAAUCGUUUGUAAUUUUGGUGAUAAACAAAAAGUCUCGGGAUUUUAUAUAAACGAGGUUAAAGCCAAGUGUAAUGCACCAAUGUUCAGUGAGACAGGGCGUAUACAACUGAAGGUUUCAAUUGAUGRUGGGAACACUUAUCCAUUCCAGGGGUUUAUUCACUAUGUCACAGUCAUAAGAAAAGCGCCUCUCGUACUUCGUUCACCCGACAUUGAAUGGAUGGAAGGAAAACAGGUUGGAAUCAAAUGGGACGCAAAUAAACUGGGAGACAAGUCCCAAGAUGUCAAUAUUGAAAUGGCAAACUACAAAAUAAAAAGCGGUGAAAUACAACUAGAUGGGUUUGUGUCCAUAUCUACUCAGGAAAACAAUGGCACGGGUAUUAUCACUUUACCUACUGAAGGAGCCGAUGACAUCGUCAAAGGCAACAGUGCUAGAUCAGUGUCGUUAGUCCGUGUAUCAAGGAAUGCAGCAAAACAACCCCUUGACGAUAAAUCAUCUAAUGAUUGGAUAUGGAGUGAUGUGUUUUCAGUCAUGAACUCAUCCAAAGCAUGGGAUCGGUGCAAGUACUGGCAACAAAACGAACCUGAUCCAAAUACAUUUAGAAAGGACAACACUUUACUGCAUUGCCCACAGUCCUUUUUGCAAGCUAGGGUUGACCGAGGAAAUUACAUAACAGAUGAAUUUUGUAAUAAAAAGAAUCAAGAURGAUGCCAAAAGUACCACCCAAAAGCUACUCAGUGCUUUCGAACUAUCACGCCCAGUUCAAAGGGCGCAGGUCAGCAAUGCUGUUACAAUGAUAAGGGAAACUUACUCAACAGCAAGCCAGGCGCUGGUCACUUAAAUCGUGCACACAUUGACACAGGAAUCCCAUACAUUACCCAUUACUUUCACGAUAUCCUGCCGUUCCACGAAUGCUGCUUGUUAUCACCAAAUUGUCAAAAAUAUUUUGAAAAACGACCMAAUGACGAUGGCUCCGAUUAUGAUCCCCCGGCAGCAGCUUCAGGAGUGGGUGAUCCUCACAUGGUAACAUUAGACGGUGUUGAAUACACUUUCAAUGGAUAUGGUGAAUACACGCUGCUAAAAGUCUAUACCAUUGGAUUCCACUUACAAGGUAGAAUGGAACCACUUCCUGCAAGGGAUGGAAGACAGAUCAAAGCUACUGUCUACACAGCCUUUGCAAUGAAAGAAAACGGAUCAGAUACAAUAGAGAUUCGCCUCAAUGGCCGAGGGUUUCUGGACGUGGUUGUGAAUGGACAGCUAGAGAAUUUCGAUGACGAACAAACAGUCGAUUUUAAGAACGUUAUGAUAAUAAAGGAAGGAAAUAACACGAAGUAUUCCGCUAUCUUCCAUUCUGGAGUAGCUGUUAUUGCUGAAGGAUUCACCACUCUUAUGCAGUUCACUGUUAUGAUGCCAAAGCAUUUUAAACGUUAUACGAGUGGUUUACUGGGAUACUGGGAUGACAACAAGAAUCAAGAAUUCCUUCUUCCAAAUGGCUCGUUCUUAAACACAUCAUCGAAUUCCAAGUCUUUACAUUACGACUUUGGUCUUAAAUGGGCAACACAAGCUCACGAGUCUCUAUUCACAUAUGGACAAGGGAAGAGUCAUCAAACCUACUCAAACCCAAACUUCCUUCCAGUCUUCGUGGACAUGAAUAACAUGGUGUUUGAGGAUAAAGUGUUAGAGAGAAAGGCUCGUUCUGCUUGUGGUAAUAGCGUGCAGUGUUUAUUCGAUGUUCAAGCAACAGGUGAUACUAAUAUUGGACUCGUGACUAAAAACAGCAUUCAACAGCUACAAGAGAUUAUCAAUAUUACAGAAACUAAAGGCUGUAUUCCUUUGGAUGCAAACUUUGCGAACGGAUUUUACGAAAGAAAUGAUUCAGAAGGAAGCAUCACUUACUGGUACAGAUGUCAGCCUGAGUUCAUCCUCAAUGGAUCGUCCAUUGUUUCGUGUUUCCAAGGAGAAUGGAACGGAACAGCACCUAGUUGUCUUCCUAUCGAAGCCAAAGAAUGCCCAAGUGUGGAAACGAAGAUCCAAAACGGAGAAGCAAGGUCACGUGGCCGACUACCCACUGCCGGUUCUGAGGUGUUGUUUGAGUGUCUAGAAGGGUAUGAUCUUGUUGGUGCAGAUUCUAUCGUGUGUAGGGAGGAUGGUACUUGGAGUAGUGCAACACCUUACUGCAGAAAAAGAUGUUCGAAAGUAACUAUUCUCAAUGGAAAUACGACGUAUAAUGAAACAGAACAUCACGUGACUGCUCAUUUUACCUGCAUCAAGGGCUACAAGAUGGUUGGUGCUGAUCAAAUACUUUGUAUUAAGAGUAAUGGAACAUGGACUGAUGCACCACCUUCUUGCCAGCUUGCUUCUGGUGCCGUGGAACAUCUCCUUGAUUCAAAAGGAUAUAAAACAAAAGCCAUAGCUAUCGGUGUGACGCUAAGCUUGAUGAUAAUUCUAGCGCUGUGCAUCUUGGUCGUCUAUCUGUUUAUCAAACGUAAAUCAAGCAACCCAAAGAAACAGGCCGAGGAAUCCUUCAGAAUGGAAAAUGAAGAGACUCUGCUUACUAAAGAUGAAAGGAAGAAAGUGGAAGUUGUUUAUUUGUAAGCAGGAAUAAGUCAGUCACAAAAUCCAGCGCUAGAUAUCAGUUGUAUAUAACGACAGUUACCUCAAUGGAUGCGUUCAACUUAGCUAAGUUAAGGAAUGUUUAGUCCUAAAAGUGCUCGUAAAAGAUCGUGAAGUGCUCGUCAAAGAUCGUGAUGUGCUCUUAAAGUGCUAGUAAAAGACCCUAAGAAAUAAAAAAGGGCUUGUAAGAGA